AUGGGUGUAUGUUUAUCAAAAAAACUAAAAAUGAACAAAUAAUAGAGCCCUGUUAAUAAGAAUUUGGAAAAAACUUUUUAAAAAACAAAAUAUUACUAAGAAAAAUACAUGAAAGAAGUUUUUGAUUCUGAAAAAUAGUGUGAAAUAAAAAUGGUAAAUGUCAAAACCUCACAGGUAAAUAUUUAACAAUUCUGAUAAAGUCCACAGAUGCUGCACUUAACAAUUCUUUUUUAAGAAGGAAAGCACUCUCAAAAAGUAGAAUCGGUUUAUCAACAAAUAGAAAAGGUGCUAUUCCUAUUCUUAAUGCAAAGCAAGUUAGUUUUAAAGAUUCAUUUAAAUAAAAAUAUCAUAAAGUGAUAGGACUUUUAUUGUGUAAAUUUCAAUAUUAUUGUAGCCAACUCAAAUUUAAGUGUGGUACAGAAUAAUUAGAAUCAGUAAUUAGCUAUUUGUUAAUAGUUGAGAAAGAAUGAUGAAAAAGACUAAAGUUUUAUAAAGUGGUUAAAAGAAAAAAACAUAGUAAUUAACAUGAUUUAUUUAUUAGGAACACGAUAAUAUUGUAGGAGUUUAAGAAAUUUAAGUUGAUGAUCAAGAUUAUUAUAUAAUAUAUGAAUACUGGGUUGAUUAAUAAUUACAAAAUAAAACUGAAUUAGAAAAAGCCAUUCUUAUUAAUUAAAUGAUUGAAUCGAUCUAGUAUUUACAUGAUAAUGAUAUGAGACAUAGUGCAUUAACAUUAAAUAGUUUUAAAUUGAUCAACAAUAAACCAUUUGGAGUAUUAAAAUUAAUAGAAUUAAAUCAAGUACAUGAAUUAUCAGAAUUAUCUAUUGAAAGUUGGAAAUAUUUAUCUCCUGAGAGUCUUUCUGCUCUUGGGAAUAGAUCCAAAGCAAGAGAUGUAUGGGCUUUGGGAAUUAUUGCUUUAGAAUUAUUAAUGAAUGAACAUCCAUUUAUUAAAAAUGUUAAAGAAAUUUCAAUUAGAAAAAUAAUGAUGAAGAUAAAUAGUUUAAGUAAAUAAUAAAUUGAAUAAAUGUUAAAUAAUUUGAAUAAAGAUUUAAAGCAAUUAAUUUCUGGGAUGAUUUGUAUUGAUCCCCAAUUUAGAUAUACUAUAAAUGAAUGUAAAACUAAUAUUUGGUUGAAUAAAUAAAUAAAUGAUUAUAUAUCAUCUUUGCAAUAGCCAUUAUAUAAUUUUGAUAAACAUAAAAAUAAUAGCAUUAACAAUAUCAUGGCCAGAUAUUAUAUGGUAAGAAUUUUAGAUUAAAAAUAAUUUAAUUGUCUUUUUAUUUUAUUUCAAUAAUUAGAUUUAAAUAAAAAUGGUAUAAUAACUCCAACAGAAAUAAAGAAUUAUUAUAAUUCUAUAUAUUUGCCAUCAUCAUGCAAAAAUGAUUUAAUUAAUUGUUUAUAUUCGUUACCUAAAGAUAUGGAAAUUCAUGUUAAAGAGUUUAUUGGUUUAACAUGUGAUAUUAGUUAAUCAAAAUUAAAACAAUAUUAUACUAUUAAUAAUCUUAGAGAUUUAAAAUUGAAUUGUUAUCUUAAUUAAUUAAAUAUUCCUAAAAGAGUAAUAAAUUUAAUUAUUUCUGAUUUCAAUAUAUCAGAAUUAGAGUAGAUUAUAACUCUUGAUUAAUUUAUUUAAUAUAUAAUUUGA